AUGUCUGUCCUCGUCCGUCGCGCCUCUCACUUCACCGCGUCCGCGCGCGGCGAUCGCACGCGCGUCGUCAUCGCGCUCGGGAGCAACGAGGGCGAUCGUGUCGCGCUAUUUCGCGAUGCUUUACGAAGACUCAGGAGUGACCUGGACUUCACCCUCGAGGCGCAUUCGUCGCUCUACGAGACCGCGCCUGCGUACGUCGAGGACCAAGGGCGAUUCUUAAACGCCGCAUGCGUCGGGACGUUCCCGGACUCGACGUCUAGAGACCCACUGAAGUUACUCGACGGGCUGAAAUCGAUUGAGGCGGCUCUGGGACGGGACUUUGGCGGGCGACGAUACGGACCGCGGAGCAUGGAUUUAGACGUGAUAUUUCACGGCGAGGGUGUGCACGCGUGCGAACGAUUGACGGUGCCGCAUGCGAGGUACAGCGAGCGACCGUUCGUGCUCGGGCCGUUGGUAGAUUUGACGGGCGCUUCAGAGACGUGGAGGGACGCGACGAGAGACGGCUUACUCGAGGCGCAGAGAAUUUGGCAGGGCAUGGGCGAUGAGAUGGCCGUGAUGACGAGCGCAGACAUGGCGCGAGUGAUGCCUCUACGAGAUUCGUUGUGGGGUUGGGGACGGUCAACCAUGGUGAUGGGGAUUCUAAACGUGACGCCCGACUCGUUCAGCGACGGCGGCGCUCACUUCGGCGGCGUGGACGCAGCGGUGCGACACGCUCGAGCCAUGGUCGCCGCAGGGGCAACGAUAAUAGAUGUGGGUGGGCAAUCGACGAGACCAGGGGCGACUCGUGUUAGUACAGAGGAAGAACUUGCGCGAGUUAUUCCAGUCAUAAGAGCGCUCAACGUAGAGUUUGGCAAGCGCUCUGAUGUCCACGUCUCUGUGGAUACGUUUUAUGGCGCCGUCGCGCGCACCGCCGCGGACGCAGGGGCUGAUAUCAUCAACGACGUCAGUGGAGGAACGUGGGACAAGACCAUGCUCCCCACGGUCGCGGCAUUAGAGACACCACUUCCAUACGUCGUCAUGCACGUGCGGGGCGACCCAAGUGAUAUGCAGAGCGCCAAGAACACGACGUACGAUGGACACGUGUGUGAUGAUGUCGGCGACGGCCUUUUGGCGACAGCGCGUCGAUGCGUCGAACACGGUAUCGAACCGUGGCGGCUUUGGAUCGAUCCUGGUAUCGGUUUUGCGAAGACGGGUCGCGCAAACAUGGAACUGCUUCGAGAUUUGCCCCGCGUGCGGUCGAGGCUUGCCCCGAUGGGCGGAGCUCUGGUGAACGCCCCGAUGUUGAUAGGUGCAUCCCGUAAGCGUUUUCUUGGAGAAAUUGCCGGAAGGGCCGAGGCGAGUGAGCGAGAUGCUGCGUCCGUCGCAGCGCUUGUUGCGGCGGUUCACGGCGGCGCCGACAUAGUACGAGUGCAUAACGUGCCGCUUUCUAGUGACGCUUCGCGAGUGGCGGACGCGCUGUGGCGUAGAUAG